AUGGCCAAGUUGCUCCUGGUGAUCGUUGGUGUGGCGGCCCUAGUGGCGGCGGGACAGGCAGCUGGUGGCUCCAACGAGCAGCUGCAGCGGCUCAUCGCCGAGGAGCGGAGCAAGUGCGCCAGUGGCCAAGACUCGAUGGCCUGCAUCAAAGAGCGGGCCAUGCGGUUCGUGGACAACGUGAUGAGCAAAGACAGCUUCCAGGUAUCCAACCUGGAGGUCCGCUCCAAUGGAGAGAAGACCAAGCCAAUCAAUGAAGCUCGUGCCAGCAGUGCCGACGGAUUCUUGGACGCCAUUGAGAACUAUAUCCGUGGACACGACGUCAGCAUGGACUUGCCCUUGGCCGAUGCCAAGGUCACCGUCUCGGCCCGCAACCUGGUUAACAAUCAGCUGAGCUUAAACCUCCAGCUGAACGGCGACGAAGGCGAUGAGGGCACUGAUAUCGAAGCCAGGGGUAAGAAGGGCAACAUCUUCAAGAAGGGCAAGAAGCACCGUCUCCGCAAGCUGGCCAUGCCCAUCCUUGUGCUCAUCCUGCUGAAGGCCAUCACAGUGAUCCCCAUGGCCAUUGGCAUCCUGAAGAUCAAGGCAUUUAACGCUCUGGCCCUGGGCUUCUUCUCCUUCAUUGUCUCGGUUGGUUUGGCCAUUUUCCAAUUGUGCAAAAAGAUUGCUCAUGAUCACCAUCACACCGCCCACAUCACCGCCCAUGGUCCUUGGGACGGCCGUACCUUUGGCUCAGUUCCGGUCCCCGUUGUUGAGCAGCCCCAGAAGUUGGCCCAAACCAUGGCUUACCAAGCCUACGCUUAA